AUGACCGAUGCUGAAAGCAGGAAAACCUUUAUGCAGCUGCUGCGGCAGGGUGUACAACAUAAAGUACAGCAACAACAACAGAGCAAAGCAAGCUCAGCACAUAAGGAGGACUUUCAAGCUGAGACAAAUGGUAAAGUGCAUCAUGCAACGCUACUAGACUGCAGCAAUCACGGAAGGAAAGUAGCUGCAUGGCAGACGCUUGCGUGGCGUGAUGCCUUCUCCAUGGCAUCGUAUUUUCACGAGACGGUCGGUGGUAGACCACUGCGUAUCAAGCAAGUGCUACAGGGAGAGCUCAAUGGCUUUGGCACAGGUCUCACUGUAUGGCCUGCUGCUUGUGUACUCUUAAAGCAUCUGGAACAACGAGCAACAAACGAUCUACGAGGCUUGGUAGGUACAGACAGCCCAUUUGUGCUGGAGCUUGGGAGCGGCACGGGUGCAGUGGGCAUUGCGACAGCGAUGUUGCUUCAAGCUGGGAGAGUGGUGCUCACUGACAUGGACAAUGUUCGAUUCAUCAUGGAUGAAAACACUGCCUUAGCUCGGCAGGAUGGUGUACUUAAUAGCCACGUGGUAGUGGAUACUGAAGGAUAUGAGUGGGGUCAGCCACCAUCGCAAGGGCUUGUCCCGAUGAGAUACCCAGACCUUAUCCUUGUGUCGGACUGUAUCCUCCCACGCCUGUACCCGAUCGAGCCACUCGUCGAGGCGUUGACUCUCCUCAGUAGAUCACAUACUCGUAUUCUCAUUUCGUACGAGCAUCGCCACUAUCAGCACUUCCAACCUAAGCAAAGAUUUUGGGAGCUCAUGCAGGAAAACAAGUUUUCGCUACGGGUGAUCGAUACUGCCGAAUAUCAUCCACACUACGUUGCCGCAGAUAUUGAGGUGUGGGAUAUCACCACAACGCAUACGGAUAGCAGCUAG